CUCUCCGUACAAUCACAAAGAACAAUCUUUUGUCAUGAUUUGAUUUGAUUUGAUUAUUAUCACAUUUCAGCAAUUCAGCAGAUUACUCAUUGUCAGUUUCAGUUUACCGAGGCCAAGCAUUAGCCUUCUAUCCUGCCACGUGUUGGAAAUCAUUGUUGACCGCUGAAGAGAAUUUUGAUGGAGCAGCUUUUUACCUACAUAUUGAACGAAAAAUGCAGUCCUAUACUUAAGAUAUCUGGCGACUCAAGAAUUUGAAUCACGGAAGUCUGUCUAUCAUAAUCGUCACUUGCCUUUGGCCUUUUUUUACUUGCAGGUAGUCUGGAUUUUUCAACCUCAGCUGCCGUCUAGUAUGCAAAUAGAUGAAGUUAAUUCCUAGUGAGCACAGACAUUUUUCUUUGCCGACAACUACAUUCAAAUUAUCUCUUUCUCUGUGCUUAUGUUUGUUCACAAUCAGGCGUGACUCGUGAGGUCCUCUCAUACGUCUCCUCACAGCAGUUUUCAAGUUUAAUCUUCAGUUCUAAUUACCUCCGAAUCAUCAUCUCCUUCAAAUAUCUCUAAUUAAGAAUGUCCUCGAAUGUUGAAUAUCGGUGCGCUACUUGCCACAAAUCUGAGAACGAGGUGCCACUUCUGAGAUGUAGUAGAUGCAAAAGAGAACGCUACUGCUCUCGUGAGUGUCAAAGAGCUAAUUGGAGGGAGCAUAAAAGUGAUUGUAGUGAUGAUGGACAAGGUUCAAUUCUGAAUCCCUUUGCAGUUCUUGAUGGCACAUGGUUUUCCAACCGUCCAAAGCAUGAAGUGUUUAAGCUUCUAAUCGAUGUAUACAAAAUGAAAAUUGAAGAUGAGUACGUAUUUGAGGGAGACGUAGAUGAAGACUCUGUGUAUGGAGGGGCCAGUCCUGGCACGGCAGCACAACACUUCCGUAAAUAUCUGACUCUCAUAACGAGAAUAGAUGCGAGGAGAGCUCCACAGUCGCGAAUUCUGCCACACUGGUGGUCUAGAGGAAUGAUAACUGAGAAUGUAAACUAUGCCCUAAAGGAGGGCUGGAGUUUUAUCGGUUAUGCUAUUGAAAAAUCGGAUGUAAUAGAUCACUAUAAAAAUCCCCUUAUGCCAAUGCAAUUACGAGCAAUGAGAGAGCAGCUCGAGGGGCCUGACUCAGACAGCGAGUGAAGCAGGGCGAAUGCAUGUCACUCUCAAAUGAUUUGGUUGAACUUGAGGGGUCCAAUGGUGCCUCUUAUCUGACCUUAUCAACCUCUAGUUCUGUCAUGUGGAUUUUUUUAACAUAUUCCACCAUCAUUUACAUUCAUUGCGGUUUUGUUUAAGUUUUCAGCCCUUAAUCUAUGCCCUGCUUCGAAAUAAAGAUAGCUCUUGCUUGCUGUUUUUCCAUUGCUUAGGUCCAUGAAUGAUUCUUGGUACCUAUUUUCUUGUUUUUCAUGCAUAGAUGUACUUAAAUUUUUAUCUUAAAAAGAGAUCAAGAAGGAUAUACUUAUGUCGCUCAAAAGCCUCUUCACUUUGCUUUUUCGUGACAUAAGUUUUUUUGAACUCUCCAUCAACCGACUGUAAUUUUAGUGUCUUGGUAAUCACUAGAUUUUAUUCGGUCAUGUAUAUUUGCAUUAUUCACUCAAAUAAAAUUUUCAUUCAGAGAUUACCAAGUGAAUAAGUAUUCAUUUUUAUACACCAGUGAAACCGUAUAGGUAUAUUUUUGCUCAGCUUCCUUUAUUAAAGAACCUGUAGUUGACUUUUUCACACAAAUUUGUAAAUAUUGAGAUUAAAUUUUAGUAAUUUUCUGCUUAAAACACUGAAGUGCUAAAGUAUAACAGGGUUAAGAAAAUUUCCGUCUCCAAUUUUUUAAAAACAUUUUCCCUCAUCUUUAGUUCUACAUAAUUCCAUAAGUUUAGGUAAUUCACAGUUUAAUUUUAUAAGUAUGUGGAAAUGAGUAUCUGCUCUCUUUUAAUGUCGGUUCCUUUUUUUUCAUGAGCAUACAAAUUAAUGCUCUCCUUGCUGGUGUAUAUUUAGCACAUUUCUAUUCAGUUCAUUCCAGUUCAUAAUUUUAUUUUUAGAUUUGCCCAGAGGAAGUACUUAAUUGAAUGUAUUCCCUCUUACUUAUUUCUUGAACUAUCAUACUGAUUUCAUUUUAUAAAUUUUUUUUUUUCUAAUACUUCUUUGUUGUGGCCUCACAUUAAAUGUCAAAUUAAAGAAAUAAAUAAGCUAUUAUCUGCUCAUU